CGGUUGGCCAGCCGCCGGCUGCUACCAGUCGCGAGUCCCCGAGGCCCUGUGCCGGGCACUUGGCCGAAGGGUCGCCUCUCUAGGCGUCCUUUCCCUUGCGUUGGUGACCGGGGCCUGGCUCGGUGGGACUGUCUCCGGACGCACGGGGAAGCUCUGCACCAGCUGUAGACAUGAGUUCGACUCCCGGGCUGCCCACUCCGGGGGCCUCCCUGGCCCUGCGGGUAUCCUUCGUGGACGUGCAUCCCGAGGUGAUCCCGGUGCAGCUGUGGGGACUGGUGGGCCAGCGGCGGGAAGAGUAUGUGCGGCUGAGCCGGGAGAUCCAGGAGGCCGCAGCCACGCGCGGCCCAUGGGCUCUGGGUGGCGCCUCGGCAUCGCCAGGAGAGCUGUGCCUGGUGCAGGUGGGACUCAUGUGGCACCGCUGCCGCGUGGUCAGCCGUCAGGCGCAGGACAGCCGCGUCUUCCUGCUGGAUGAGGGUCGCACCAUUACGGCUGGCGCUGGCUCGCUGGCACCGGGGCGCAGCGAGUUCUUCCACCUGCCCUCGGAGGUGCUGGGCUGUGUGCUGGCCGGCCUGGUGCCCGCUGGCGGCGGUGGCACGGGCGGUGGUGAACCCCAGCACUGGUCCUCAAGUGCCGUGGACUUCCUUAGCAACCUGCAAGGUAAGGAGGUGCACGGACGGGUCCUGGACGUACUGCUCCUCCAUCGCCUGGUGCUGCUGGAAGUGCCUGUCGUGUCUCAGCAGAUGGAGGAGCUGGGCCUGGCCAGGCAGGUGCCGGACAGUCUCUUCUGUUCGCUGCUCAAGCGCUACCUGACUGCAGCUGGGCUGGGCUGCUCUGGAGCUCCAGUUCUCCCCCGAGCCGCCCCCAAACAAGAGCAUCCUGGGUUAGAUUACUUCUAUCCCCAACUGCAGCUGGGAGUGACGGAGCCUGUGGUCGUAACCCAGGUAUGCCAUCCCCACCGCAUUCACUGCCAACUCCGGAGCCUCUCGCAGGAGAUCCACCGCCUCUCUGAGAGCAUGGCCCAGGUAUAUCGGGCCUCCACGGGGACAGAGGAUGAGGACUCUGGCAGUGCCACCUGGGAGGAGAAGGAGGAGAGCCCAGACAAGCCGGGGUCUCCAUGUGCCUCCUGUGGCUUAGAUGGACAGUGGUACCGGGCUCUCUUGCUUGAGACGUUCAGGCCUCAGCGCUGUGCCCAGGUGCUUCACGUCGAUUACGGAAGAAAAGAGCUCGUGAGCUGCAGCAGCCUUCGCUACUUGCUGCCUGAGUAUUUUCGAAUGCCUGUGGUGACCUAUCCCUGUGCAUUGUAUGGACUCUGGGACUGUGGGAGAGGCUGGUCUCGGUCACAAGUAGGUGAUCUGAAAGCUCUGAUCCUGGGCCAGGCGGUGAAUGCGAAGAUUGAAUUUUACUGCUCCUUUGAGCACAUGUAUUAUGUCACCCUGUACGGGGAAGAUGGAAUCAAUCUCAACAGCGCGUUCGGAGUACAGUCCUGUUGCUUGGCUGACCGAUUUCUUCAGAGCCAGGGGAUAGAGGAGGAAGAGGAGGAGGAAGUGGAGGUGACGGUCCAGUCUCAGUCCCCUGCGGAGGAAAUGGAGGAGGAAGUCUCGCUCCCAUCUUUACGAUCCAUCAGGUUGAAGAUGAACGCCUUCUACGACGCCCAGGUGGAGUUUGUGAAGAGCCCUUCUGAGUUCUGGAUCCGCCUGAGGAAGCACAAGAACACGUUCAGCAAGCUGCUCAAGAGGAUGUGCAGCUUCUAUUCGUCGGCGAGUAAGCUGGAUGGUGUCGUUCUGAAACCGGAGCCCGACGACCUGUGCUGUGUCAAAUGGAAAGAAAAUGGCUACUACCGGGCCAUGGUCAGCCGCUUAGACAGCAAGAGUGUGGAUGUGUUCUUGGUAGACCGGGGCAACUCUGAGACUGUAGACUGGUGUGACGUUCGGAUGCUGCUGCCUCAGUUUCGGCAGCUCCCGAUACUGGCUCUCAAGUGCUCGCUGGCUGAUAUCUGGCCUUUGGGGAAAACAUGGAGCCAGGAAGCGAUUUCAUUUUUUAAAAAGACAGUGCUCCACAAAGAAUUGGUGGUCCACAUUCUCGAUAAGCAAGGCCAUCAGUAUGUGAUAGAGAUUCUCGAUGAAUCCAGAACAGGCGAGGAAAACAUUAGCAAAGUCAUCGCUCAAGCUGGAUAUGCCAAGUACCAGGAAUUUGAAACCAAAGAAAACGUCAGACUCAGUGUCCAUUCCCCCGGGCACGGUUCAAGUCAGUUUACUGCAGAGACUAGCAAAAUAUCUUCUGCCAAGAAGGUCGAAGGAGACCAGAGAGCCAAGAAAGGCAAUAAAACCAUGUCUCUUUCUGAAGCUUUGGCCGAUACAGGAAACCUUUUCACCGGACAGACUGGGCAGGACAAGGAGAAGGUAACAUCUGAUUAUUCUCUCCUUACGCUGAAUUUCCUGAAAACGAUGCCAGACUGCUGUGGAAAAGGGGAGCUGGAAGUGGGCAGUACCGUUGAAGUGAAGGUGUCUCACAUCGAAUCCCCUGGCUCCUUCUGGUGUCAGCUGAUGAGGAACGCGCAGGGAUUCCGAACCCUGAUGUGUGAUAUUGAGGACUAUUGCAAGAGUGAACCAGCUCCGUAUGAGGGGGACACACGUGCUUGUCUGGCGAAGCGCGCAGCAAAUGGAAGAUGGUCCAGAGCUCUGAUCAGUGGCACACAGUCUUUGGAGCACGUCAGAGUGGUAUUUGUAGACUAUGGAGACAAAGAUGUGGUAUCUAUGAAGAACAUUCUCUCUGUUAGUGACCCGUUCCUCAAGGUUAGAGCUCAGGCAUUUCGGUGCAGUCUUUAUAAUUUAAUUCAGCCAACCGGUGACAAUCCCUUUGUUUGGGAUGAAAAGGCGGUACAGGCUUUUAGUGGUUUCAUAGACAACGCUUGGCAGAAUAACUUAGAAUUAAAAUGCACAAUCUUUGCUUUGGCGUCCAGGCAUGAUGAAGAGUGGUUCAAUGUUGUGGACUUGCUAACGCCCUUUCAGAGUGCCUGCCAUUUUUUGGUAGAAAAGAGACUUGCUAGGCCCGUGAGACUUCAGAAGCCUCUGGAACCCUCUGUUCAGCUCCAUUCUUACUACUAUUCCACGCAUGACCUAAAAAUAGGAAGUGAAGAAUUGGUGUACAUAACACAUGUUGAAGAUCCCUGGACAUUUUAUUGCCAACUAGCAAGAAAUACAAAUAUUUUAGAACAGUUAUCAUACAACAUUAUAGAACUAAGUAAAGCCUUGCUGAAUUUAAAAGCAUCCACCUUGAUCCCCGGAACUUUGUGCCUUGCCAAAUAUACUGAUGGGAACUGGUACAGGGGAGUAAUAACAGAGAAAGAGCCAAAUAAAGUCUUCUUUGUUGAUUUUGGGAACACUUAUGUAGCAAGUGAUCAUCUGCUUCCAAUCCCCCGAGAUGCCUAUGAUGUUUUGCUUUUACCCAUGCAGGCAGUUAAGUGUUCCUUAUCUGACAUUCCUCAUCACAUCCCAGAAGAAGUUACAGCUUGGUUUCAGGAGACUGUUUUAGAUAAGUCCCUGAAGGCUUUGGUGGUAGCAAAAGACCCAGAUGGACGACUGAUUAUAGAGCUCUAUGAUGAAAGUGUCCAAGUCAAUGCUAGUAUUAAUGAGAAGCUAGGGUUUCUUGGUUAUAAAAACACUACAAGAAAAAAUGACAAAGAGAAUGAGAUGAUUCUCUGCACGCCCGAAACCCUUGAAGAUGAGAAUGUGGUGAAGUCCUCACCUACAGAAUAUUUGAAUAAAUCAGGAGAGAGCAAACCACACAGUGGAGAGAUUAUGGGCGAACCGUGCAAGCCCAAGGUCAGCCCAGCGCGCACGGAGCUCAGAUAUCUACAAGGCUCGAUGAAGGCCAACCUAGUCCCAUAUCAGGACUCGAUGGGAAACAGAAAUGACGGAGGGUUUCCAUUAGCAAGAGAAAAGAAAGACGAUAUGUUUGCCAGCUCACCUGUGAGUGCCACCAAACUAGACUCCGCCCUUCCUGAGAGAAGAGUGGGGGAACCUGGAAGCAAAGAUCUGCCCCCAAAGUUCUGUGAGUUCCCACAGAAGACAAUAGCCCCAGGUUUUAAGACCUUUGUAUAUGUCUCGCAUAUUAACGACCUUUCCGAUUUUUACAUCCAGCUGAUAGAAGACGAAGCUGAGAUCAAUGGGCUUUCAGAGAGGUUAAAUGAUGUCAGAACAAGGCCCCAGUGUCACACGGGUCUUCCGUGGCAAAUUGGAGAUGUGAUAUGUGCCAUUUUUCCAGAAGACAACUUAUGGUACCGAGCAGUUGUCAUGGAACAACAACCCAAGGACCUUCUCUCUGUGCAGUUUAUAGAUUAUGGCAACAUGUCUGUGGUCCACACUAACAAAACGGGUAAGGUUGGUCCCACUGAUGCUGUGUUACCAGCUCUGUGCCUCCAUUGCUCCUUAAGGGGGCUUUUGAUACCCGGCAUAGUACGCUGUAAGGAAAUGGUGGACUACUUUACCCAAAGGACAGAUGAGGUACAGCUAAGAUGUGAAUUUGUUAAAUUCCAAGGUACCUGGGAAGUGAUUCUUGCAGACGAACAUGGAAUCAUAGCUGAGGAUAUGAUUAGCAGGUUUCCAUUCAGUGAGCAAUCUCCGGUGGGGCUUAGCACUCAUAUCACCAAAGGGGACUGUUUCAAGUCGGCUAACAAACUCAGCACCAACACUUCAGUGUUUCUUAACUGGUACAACCCCCAAACAAAGUCCAUAAGAGCCUAUGCCACCGUGAUAGACGGACCUGAGUACUUUUGGUGUCAGUUUGCUGACUCUGAAAAGCUGCAGUACUUAGAAACCGAGGUUCAAAGCGCUGCGAAGCAGCUGGCAGACCGAAGAAGCUGUACCCAGUGUCCCCGAACUGGAGAUCCGUGUAUUGUGAAGUACCGGGAAGAUGGGAAUUAUUACAGGGCCCUCAUCACUAAUGUAUGUGAAGACCACCUUGCAUCUGUCAGGCUUGUGGACUUUGGGAACGUUGAAGACUGUGUGGACCCCAAAGCACUUUGGAGCAUCCCGUCUGAACUUCUGUCUGUCCCCAUGCAAGCAUUCCCAUGCUGCCUGUCUGGGUUCACCGUCUCUGGUGGAGUGUGUCCUCAAGAAGGAAAUGAUUAUUUUUAUGAGAUAGUUACAGAAGAUGUAUUGGAAAUAACAAUAUUGGAAAUGAAAAGGGAUGUUUGUGACAUCCCCUUAGCAGUUGUGGAGCUCAAAAGCAAAGGCGAAAGCAUUAAUGAGAAGAUGAGCAGAUACGCUAACAUGGGCCUUCCCAAGAGUGACCUAUUCUAUGAUAAGCAUGGCACAGAGAGAGCGGUGGGCCUUGGACCCACCAGUCCUGACCUUGGCCUUAAGGUGCCAAGUCAUAAAAUGACACAAGAGAGGUCGUAUGUGGAAGGCCGGGCAGGUGAGCUCUCGGAGAUAAUUGAAAAGGAUUUGAACAUUGAAACGAAGCCAAGUAAGUUCUACCCACGUAGCACCCGGAACAUUUUUGAGGCUCUGGAGAACUCCCGCAGAGCUAAAAUGGGUUCUGAGAGGCUGGAGGGUAGCGUGGAUUACCAUACUGUGGACAGAGCCAAGUAUGACGAUAACUACCUCAUUACAGGGUUUAACCCAAUAAUGUCCCAUGCUAGUGAACCGAAGGAGUUACUGGAACUGAAUUCACUAGAGGUGCCACUGUCCCCCGACGACGAAUGCAAAGAAUUCUUAGAAUUGGAAUCCAUUGAGUUACAGCACUCCCCUAUCAGUGAGUUAGAGAAGGAGCUAGGACUGGAGCCUCCGAUGGCACCAUUGUCCCCAGGCUAUGAGGCAGGUGCCACCCUGGAACCAUUUAUGGUGCAGCUUCCCCUGGACUGUGAGGCUGAGAAGCAGCUAGAACUGGAACUCCCCACACCCCAGCUGUCUUUGGAUGACAGUAUAAGUCCUUUAUCGCCAAUCGCCAAUCAGAACAUCCAGGAGUCCCCGUGUGCAGAGGAUGACAGGAAGUCUAGUUGUAUGGGCUCGUCUGAUGAUGGCCACAGCAUAUCACCACUCUACCACGGGAAGAGUAGGGAUUCCCCGGCACAUGACGAAACGAGCCUGUUGGAAGAUGUGUUUCCACAAUUUGAAAGCAGAGAUGAUACUGCAUUAUUGUCACCUUUGUUCUCCGAGGAAGAAGCCAGGGACAGAAAGAAGUGCGGGCGCGCUCUACCAGCAGUCCAGCUACAGAGCACCUACACUCUGAAAGGCUUCUCUGUUGGAUCAAAAUGUGUCGUGUGGUCAAGCCUAAGGAACACGUGGUCUAAGUGUGAGAUUCUGGAACUAGCCGAAGAAGGAACACGGGUCUUGAACCUUUCAAAUGGUGAGGAGGAGACAGUAAGCCCAGAGAAUGUCUGGAAUGGUAUCCCCAAGGUAGAUAAGAACCCCUCUGAGGCUGGAUCCCAAACAGUGGAAAAGGACCUUUCCUUCAUGUCGUCUGCGGAUGACACCACCAUCAAAGAGGAGGAGUGUGGAGGUGAUGCCGAUUCAACUGCGGCUGUAUAG